AUGACAAAAGAAUGCCGGAAAUUCAACGCGAAAUGCCAGGCCCAAACCUCCAACUUGGUCCCAACGGAACGUGGCCAGCGGAGCGAUGUUGUGCGUCAUGUCUUGGUGGAUUUGGUGUUAUUCACAGCCACUGUGCUGGUGAUCUAUGGCAUCUCGAGCCUUCCAUCUUCCCAAGUGCUUUGGAUCGUUCUCUCGGUACUUUUGGUCCUCAUGGUGCUUUGGCGCGUGCUGCAUUUGCAAUCUGCGAAGAUCGCUGAGAUUCCCUACACCUGUGGCUACGCCUCCGCCAAUGGCAAGGAUGUGUACAUCGUUUCAACGUUGCACAUCUCCCCAAGAUCGGAGCGCGACGUGAUCGCGGCCAUUGCGGCGGUGCACCCGGACGUCGUGAUGAUCGAGUUGGACGAGGAGCGACUGGAAUUCAUGCGGGGACCCAGUCAGCGCCCGGUGCUGCAACAGUUUCAAUACACCGUUGAAAAUGGCACGGAUUCUUCAGACGCGGUGCCGCUGGUGACGCAGCGAGCCUAUUGGAACGGCGAGUUCGCGGGGGAUCAGAUCUCUGGUCCCAUCGUUUUGCACAGCAGUGGUAGCUCGAGGUUCAGUCCAAGUGUCUCUGGUUGCAUCGUUCUGGUGGAGGACCCGGGCCUCGCGCCGUUGGCGCAGCUGGCCUUUGCCGCGGCGAAGGAGGAGGCGCGGGCCUUGCUGUGCGCGGCGCACACGGCACGUGCCGGGCUCAGCGGGCAGCAACUGCCGGCAGGUCGUUUGGGCAACGAAAGUUUGCUGACCGAUCUGCGGGUUGCCACCCGCGCCAGAAACAUGGGAUAUCCACCCAUUCCAGUGCUGAUGAUGUCGCAGAACAGCAGUCAACAGCUGAUGGCCAAGCUGCAAACCGCUACUGUCCAGGGCUCCUUCCAAGUCCUGCCGGACGACUUUCCACGGCGCACGCUGCGGCGGCGCAUUUGUCAGGAAAUGGCCUUCGCCCUGUCGGGCAUUUGGCUUCUCUAUGGCGUCAUGGAGUGUUUCCAGGUGGACGCGGGGGACGAGUUUCUGGCGGCGGAACGGGAAGCGCAGCGGCGGCAGUUGCCAUGUCUUUGUAUCGACCUGGAUAUGGAUCGCUUGUGUAGCCGUUUCGCUGCUGCUGCCAUACCAUACCCGCAGAAUUUGCUGGCGUCGCUGCGCGCUUGGUUGUCCGUGCCACGCCAUGCCCUACGGAUUUGUUUUCCCUGGAAGUGCGCCUUGACGACCAAGGUUUUAUGGGACCCUGGGCCGGACUGA